AUGCAGUCGCUAAUUCAACGUGGGCGGUCAUUUUUGACUCCCACAGGUUCAUCAGCUAACGUCAAGAAUGCUGGCUCUUUCUCAACAGCCAAGUCUGAGGACGCUCUAUUUCCCAGAACAGAUCCGGCCGUAGAUGGAGAGGAGUGUCUCCACGACUGUUCCGAGUGCACGGUACAUUACCCUGCCAAGUUCAGUAUAGAUGAAGAUGAUAAGCUGUUCGGCCAAGUCAAGGGCUGGGACACCCAUCUCGUCGUGGGUACGGGCAAGACAGAUUGGGUGCGUGAUGUCACGGAUGAGAAAGGCAGCGUCAUGGAAGCCGUGGGUAAAUAUGGUCAAGAAAUUCAGAUGAGUAGCGGACGAGGACAAGGCAAGGUGAUGUUGUCCGCCAGCAACAUGCCUGCCAGCUCCGAACACGACCAUGAUGAAGGCUCUGAUUGCAUGCUGCUGCCAUCCUGGACCUUCAUCGAGAAUGUCAAGCCCGAACAAGUCCCAGAUCUGAUGCAGAAUAUCGUUGCCAACUCGGUGUCGAACCGAACACCUCUGGAUGGCCUCAAAGUCGAGCCGCACCAGAGUGACGUACACUCCUCAACAGAUACCCCCAAUGGCGCUUCAACGCCUCUCGAAAUGGGCCCAUCACACACCAAUGGGUCACAGCAUACAGAACCUGUCGACGUGGCUGCACUCACCAUAAACCCACCUUUGGCAGCCUCUCAAUUCUCCACACGACCUAUUCCUCACCGUGCCCUCAUCCUGAUGUGCUCCCACAAGACCCGCGACGCCCGCUGUGGUCAGUCAGCGCCCCUCCUACGGAAAGAGUUCGAGCGAAUCCUACGACCGAUGGGUCUACACCGGGAUCUGCACGAUUCAAGACCCGGGGGUGUUGGAAUCUAUUUCAUCAACCAUGUCGGCGGCCACAAAUAUUCAGCAAAUGUCAUGAUCUAUCGAAGAGCUGGCAGUAAAGCUAUCUCCUCAAGUGAGCCCAAGGAGGAAGAGAUCAAGGACGAAGCUGUGCAAGGGAUCUGGUUGGCGCGAGUGCGGCCAGAGGACUGUGAAAACAUUGUGCGGUAUACAGUGUUACAGGGAAAACUGGUAAAGCCGAAAAGUCAGCUCCGGGGAGGCUUUGAUCGUGAGAAAGGGCUCGCCAGCUGGUGA